AUGGAUGAGGGCUCGGACAAGGCCCCUCGGCGGAAGAGGGCUUCAGGCCAACCCUGUUCCUACGACCCCCACGCGAAGAAGCGUGGUCUGCCCGAGGGCUAUGUGCGCGGAUUGGAGAAAUUAUGGGCGCUCUCGGUCUGUAAUAUCGACGGGUUCGAAGAUACCAUGCUGGCCAUGUUGGGAACCACCGCCGAAUCCGCUAGCCGACGGGAGAAACUGAUGUCCGUGUGGUCGGACGACAGCGCCUCGGAGAGCCUACAUGAAACAUGGAAGACUAGCCGAUUAUAUAGCGCCUUGGAGAAGAUGCUCUCGAAUUCCGAGUCCUCCCCGACCGUGCCAGGCAAACGAUCGCGCAACCCGAAUGACGAAAAACUAGACGGCCCUGGCCAAUGGGGAUUCCGAGUCGCUAGAGACUCAACACCGCUUGGUGCGGACGCGCCACGUAUUGUCGGUCCUGUAAUGGCGUCGCCGAGCACCAAACGGGCCCGAAUGUCACAGGCAUCGGACAGCCGAUCAACCUCACAACCCACCAAUGGCACCCGGGCACUACAGCUGCCGCCCCAAACAUCGCAACUCCUUGAUAUCUAUUUCGCGACCACCCAUUCCUGGUUUCCUGUCGUCGCCAAGCAUAACAUCCUGCGCGCCUCGUAUCUCUAUGCCAAUGCCCCCUUCUCCGUUGCGACCACUUCGCCAGGAUCGGGAGAUCAUGCGGCCCUGUGGGCGAUUCUGAGCUAUACUAUCACACAGUCCCGAGCGGACACCCGCGCCAAUCCAGUGGGUGCUGUCUCGUUGGCAAAGGAGUACUAUGCGGUUUCUCGAAAUUUGAUCCCAUCCGAGAAGGAACGUUACGAACUGGGCCAUAUUCAGGCAUUACUGCUGCUGACGCUGGUGAACACGGGCCUGGAGGAUUGGACGGCGGCAUGGCUGCUGAGUGGCCAAGCAGUACGAAUGGCUAUUGCUAUGGGUCUGGAUACCUUCGCUGAUACCCGACGUUCUGAUGAACUUCGACAGGGGCAGGCGGUCUUCCUGGGGUGUUUUGUGAUCGAUUCGUUACUGUCCUUCCGCCUCUCACGAUGCCCAGCGAUGUCGCCGAAUGAUCUUGCCAACGUGGGCCUUCUGGAAGAGGAUGGGCUGGAAGAGUGGAAUUCAUGGGUAGACGUCCUGCCCCCAGCCGGUGUUUCGCAUGGCAAGAAUGCGCCACGCCGAGGCCCGUUACUCGCCUUAAGCUGCUUCAAUCGGCUGGUGGAACUGGCCAGCGUUCUCAACAAGACGGCAAGGAGCCUAUCCAUGGGGUACAAAGCCGCCACAUUUGCACAACAGCUGGUGCUCGAUCUGAAACAGUGGGAUGAUGGCUUGCCUCUGGGGUGUCGUUUAAUUGGACCCGAGAGUAUCUACCCCGAACGGCACUCGGCUUUGCUGCCGCACCAGAGCUAUCUGGGAUUGACCUACGUGGCCACUCUCCUCUGGCUUUACCUACGUCUCAUUCCUGGUGAGCAGGGAUUACAUCGAUCGCAACGCCCAGCGACAGAAGGGGCGAAGAAGCUGCUCUAUCGCGGACUUUCGAUGAUCUCCCAGCACCUGGAAAACUUUCCUAUGUGUGGAUUACCUCCAAUUUUUGAAUUCGGCUUGCGCACUAUUUCUGAGCAGGCCUUCUCAUUGCGACAGGCUGUGGAAUCGUCCGAUACAUUCCCCUUCACCCGGUGGGCGGAGGAGUUCCGACAGAAAACAACUGCGUUGACAACGACCUGGCCAGUAUACGGCUCGUUGAUCUCCGCGAUGGAUCGUUGGCAGCAGCCUGGCGGUUUCCCAGAAAUUCCACUCCAGCCGUACCCUGGUAGUUCGGCUCCCCCUAUGAUUCCCGGAGCAGCACCUCUACUAGGCACUAGGCACGGCCCUAGUGUCCCUGAUGCGGUUCCUCCUCACGACCAAGGCACCUAUGCCUCAUCAAUUCUCGGGAUAAGCAUUCCGGUGGACGCACAGUCCAUGACACCGAAGGACACAAUUAUGGAGAAUACUGAGAUGUCCAUUCGGGACGCGGCUUUGCAGCAGCCCAUCAGUGCCCACCCGAUGAUUCCGGACCAAACUGCUCCACGCAGCGGACCCGACACAAUAUAUCCAUCAGGGGGUGGUCAUCCACAACCUCAAACCCCCGACUCGUCGGCUUCCAAUCCUAUGAUGGCAGGGAAGCCUCCCACGAGCGAUCGAUCAGUUCCUGCAGGAGAUCCCAUGGGAUUCAGUUCCGCAGGUACAGGCGAUCUUGAUGCGAUUUUUAAAGACCUGGCCUACCUGGAUACCACCGAGUGGUCGAACAACCGUGAGGCUGGACUCAAAGACUUUGGAUUCAUGGAUGACAGUACGUUUCAAGCCUUUUGUCAUGAUCCGGAUCGGUUAGUGGGCUCUCAACCUCUGGUGCAUCCGCCAUCAAUCGCCGAUAUUUGGCCACCGCCUGGAUUCUUCCCUGAAACUUUCCAAGAAGUCCCGGAGAAGACAAGGAACGGAUGA